AUGGUGAGGCUGCAGCUGGCGGCGGCGCGGAAGCCGGAGACGCUGCAGGCGGCGACGGCGUGGAAGCCGGAGGCGGGGGCCGGCCGUGAGGACGGCAACGUGGACACAGUUCAGGGGGACGGCCAGGGGGCCGACAGCACCGGAGCCCAGACAGUUCAGGGGGUCGGCCGUGAGGACGGCAGCGGCGGCGACGUGGGCACAGUUCAGGGGGUCGGCCGUGAGGACGGCAGCGGCGGCGACGUGGGCACAGUUCAGGGGGCCGGCCCGGGGGCCGGCAACACAGGAGCCAAGGGGAAAGCAGUUCAGGCGGCCGACCGUGCGCACGGCAACGGCGGCGCCGGGCAAACAGUUCAGGGGGCCGCCCUCGACGGCCAUGAUGCCGACUCGGAGGCUUGA